CGGUCUAAAAUUAACAGCCUGAGAAGCUUUUUUUUUGGUUAGUUUUACUUUAGUGAUAUUUUAUAUGGAGAUAUUAAACAGCUUUUGAAGAUGUUCAGCUUCUUUAGAAGAUCCAAAAAGGACGAUAAGAGGAAGACUGGAAAAGAACUUCAGCCCGACAAAGAGGAAUUUCAGGAGGUACCUGUAAAUGCGAACGAACUUUUAGUGAGUAAUCAAGAGUCAAACGAACUGAAUAUGUGUAAAAAUAAUCAGCCUUCUACACCUGAACUUGCGCCCGAGAAUGACUCGGGUGUGCCAAAAAAUGUGCUGAAUGCAGCUAAAACUAUCAGUAGUGGUGAAGUGGCGACAUUUUCCGAAAAAAAUCCCGACGAACAAACCGACGAGAAAAUGUGCGAUCCUUACGUAAACGGACUGAGAGUGCCAACGAAUGAGGGUGGAAAACCGAUCGAACGACGUGGUUCUUGCGUGAAACCUUGUGGACACGGGACCACCGCCAUUUUGCCGCGGGUACCGGUGCAAAAUGCCGCGAAAAAACAGGGGGAAUCUGGUACUCCUCCGGCGAGUCCCGUGAUGGAAGUCAAGAGGACUUUGAGGUAUACGGUGAACGGGAUUAAGAGCGAUGGUAAGGAGGGAGAGUCGCAAGACAGGAGUAAGGAGGAUGAAUACUUCAUGGCAGUCAGUGGCAAGGAAUUAAUUGAAGAAGAAGAUAAGAAGAAUUUAAUAAACCAAGAAGCGAAAUUCCAAAGCCAGCUGAAUGACUUAUCGAAGGAACUAUCAGCUAGAGAUGCUGAAGCUAGCAAACUCAGGUUCCAAAUGGAGGAACUCCAAAGGGAUGUUUUCUCCAAAUCUGCCGGAAUGGACCGGCUUCAGGGUGAACUUAACGCAGCCACCAAAGAAUCUGACUCCAUCAGGCAAAAAAUCCGACUCUUGGAAACCGAAAUGGACAACUAUAGGCGAAGAAAUACGGAACUGCAGGAGGAAAUUAAUACCAAAACUGAAUCACACAGCAAAUACGAAAUAGAAACCCAAUCAAAAAUAAGCGAACUGGAGGGCGUGAUACAUAACCUAAAAAUCAGAAUCGAGACCUUAGAAUCCCAAAUUAACCACCUAAAAGAAGAAAAAGAAGUUUUAGAGAAAAAAUACAUCGAACUACAAACUGAACGAGAUGAAGAGAGAAGAAAACUAGCGGAAACCCUCGAGGCAGCCACCAAACAAAAAGAGGAAAUCGAGAAAAAAUGGAAAACAGACUUUGAAAAACUACGCACAGUAAACAUACUAAAGGAGCAAGAGCUCCUGAACGACUUCGAGUGGAAGCUGAGAGAAGUGCAGCAAAAUUGCAAAAAAAAACUGAACGACAAGGAGAAACUCAUCGAAGAAAGACUACAGACAGCCUACAAAGAAGCCGAAGAAAAAAUGGAGGAGGCACAAAAAAUGCUGGGACAAGUGGAGGCUUUGAAGUCUUACGAAAUGGAAGUGCAACAGCUUCGAAACAGAACGUCUGAACAAGAGAAGACGUUGCAACAGAUGAGAGACCAACAGGACCAAAUGCUCCAAGCUGAAGCCAGCUUGAAGUCUGAGACUAAAAGACUGCUUAACCUUAUAGAAAUAGAAAAAGAAAACCUACAACAUAGCCAGAGACUGCACCGGCAGGAACUGGUGGAUAAGGAAAGGAAAUUAAAGGAAACCCUUAACCAGAAAAGGACCGAAAUCGCCAUGUACUGGGAGGAGAAACUGAUGACUGAGUGUUCAAGAUUAAAGGACGAAAUGGAACAGAUCCACAAUGAAGAGAAGUUUUGUGCAAUGGAGACUAUUAGGAGGGAGAAAGAGGAGGAGUUUCAGAAGAGACAGAAUCAGUGGGAGGAAAAUAUGAAGGAAUGCUUAAAAGAGAUAGAAUCAUUGAAGAAAGCAUUAGAUGAGAAGGACGAGUACUAUCACGAUGAACUAGUGGAAGUGAGAUCGAACACUGAUAAAGACAUCAUGGAGCUCCGAAGGCUAAUGGAUAAAAUUGACAUGACCCACCAUGAAAAUUAUGAAAAAUUAGUGUUGAAACAUGAGGUGGAGUUAGAAAAAAUCAACGAAGAACACCAAGAGCAAAUGACUCAGUUAGAAAACCAUUGGAAAACAAAAAUUUCAGAUGUUUCAAUGAACUUGGAGCAAGUGAAGGAGCAGGUCGAGAAAGAUGCCCAGCAUAAAAUGGAGUUAUUAGUAGAGCAGCACAGAAAUGAGUUGGAUGCUCAGUGGGAUAACUUAAUCCAUCAGAAAUCUGAGGCGAUUAAAUUAGUAGAAGAUGAAUAUGUGUCCAAAUAUAGAACUUUAGAAGAACAGUUCUAUACCCAACAAAAAUCCCAUACUGCCAGAGAAAUUGAACUUUUAAAGUCAAUAGAUGCUUUAAAGAACGAAUUGGAGAGCAAAGAGUCUACAGUGGAUGAUCUACAGAAUAACGUGGAAACCCUUGAAGGUGGGAUUCAGGUGUUAAAUCAUGAGAUCGCGCAGCAGGCCGAUGAUCUGGCCAAGGUUAAAAAUGAAGCUGAUCAAAAAAUUAGAAGCUUACACGAGACCAUUGGCCAACUCCUGGAGGCAAGGGAUAAAGAGAGAGAGGCCUUCAGACUAAAACUAAUGUCCACACAAAGGCAAAACCAAGAGACCAUCGAUCAUCUACAGAGGAAGUGCAACUGCCUCACCAAAUUGUUUGAAGAAGUACGUCAACGUUACGAAAGACGAGAGUCACGCCAAGAGGACUUGAACAUCAUAUCUGAUCUGAAGCAAGUGAUCGCCGAACAAGAGAAAGAUCUCGCCUGCAUAAACGAGGAGAAACGUUACUUCCAAAUGAGGUUGAUGGAGUUGGAGGCGCACCUCAAAGGUCCACCCUCCAUCGAAGAGGAAGACUUUGAAGACGCAGAGUCUUUCAGAGGAGAUGGGGGAGGUGAGAUGUCCAAAAGGUCGAACUAUUUACAGAUCAACCCUGGGGAGAGCUCAGGGCUGGUGACUCAGAAUGGACCGAUCUUCAUUCCACCGACAAUACCAGAGGGUGAGGAUGAGUCUUGAGGUGGUGCUUUUGGUGCGUUUACGUGUAAGGAUCGAGGAAUCGAACGAGAAUUAUAUGGAAAACUGCCUGAAAGAAAACUCUUUUUUUUUCUGGGUGAAAUUGUGUUACUAUUUUAGAUAAUAAGUUACUGCAUUAUUGCUAUUUUAUAUAUAUUUGUAAUAUUUCUUUUUGUUUGUCUUUACAAAUAAACGUCAUAACUGUACAGAA